AGUCGUGUUUCUCUCUUGGGGCGUGGGAGGUCCACGCUCGCGUGUCGCGUUUGGGAACGGGGUGUAGGAAGGGAGGGUGUCUUAGUCAGACUAAGGGAUUGUCACAGUCUUGAUGCUGGUUUUAGUGGUGUCUAAAGCUUUGUAGCUGUUGAGAAAGACAGGUGAUGGGCCUGGUGUAGCUGAACUGAACAUAGCUGCUGGUGUGCUCAGUCACCAUGUCUGUCCUUCAGAAGAAACAUCCUCUGAAGACCCUGAACGGCAAUCGGCUGCUGGCGGCCUAUGGAAGCCUGUCACUGCGCCCCAACAAUGGGAAGCGGAAGUCGGCAGUGGAGAUGCUGCAGGAGACCAAGGCGUUCUACGUCAAGUCGGAGCGGGUGCUGGACUCGAAGCAGGAGAUGAAGCACGCCGACCACCUUCAGGUCACAGCUGCUCCGCUGUGUCGCGCCCCCUGGCCACCGCGGCCCUACAGCGAACCACCGCCGGAGCCGGCGCCGCCCGCGCCGCCGCCGCCGCCGCCCCGGCCGGCCGCCCUGCCGCCCCGCCUCACCCCCGAGAAGCCGCCCUGGAAAACGCCCGAGAAGGGUGUGAGGGGCGCAGCAGACAAACCGCCGCCGCUGCCCGCCAGAUCUCCCGGCUGCGCCGGCCCUGGCCGCGCGUGUCGCCUGCUGCGCGGCGAGCCGACCGUUCCGGAGCGGCGCCGAUCGGGCGACUCGGUCCAGGCUCGUCUCCGUCAGCUGCUCAGUCCGGCGGCGCGCCCUCCCUCCGACAGCGGCCGGCACAAGUCACUGCCGGACAUCAGUGCCGACAGUUCCUCCGCCUCAGCGGACAGUGGAGGAGCGUCAGAGACGGGUAGACAGAGUCGCUCGGAUGCGCGCAGUCGCGGCCGGGCCACCUCCGACUACGUGAGCCGCUCCCCGGGAUCGGCGCUGACCCCUAGUGACGGCAGACGCGACCGACGCGACGCUUACACGGACGACGGACGGGCGAGGGCCGACACGGAGGCCUGGCCCCACCGGCCCGUCACCCGCUCAAAGUCGGACGUUAGCCAUCGGUACGGGCGCGGCGCGGCCGGCGGCGGCGCUCUCGGCCUGUGGACUGCCGAGCCGCCGCCGCCGCUGCCGGCUCGCGGCGCGCGUAGGUGCUCCACUGAACUGGGCCGCUUCUUCGACCAGCUGGGUAUGGACGGCGAGCGGUUCGGUCACCUGGCCAGGGUACCCUCCGACCACUGGUCACCCCUGGAGACGCCCAGCUUCUGGGACGGCCUCUCGGAGUCGUCUCGGUCGCGCGGCCGGCGUACCAGUGUGGCCAGCGAGGCGUCCUCGGCGGCGGCGGCGGCGCGGCGGCGCGACGGUGGCGGCCUGCGCCUCCUGCCGCCCGCUGUCGCUGAGCCCUCCAUCGUGGAGAAGAACGCGCGCAUCGUCAAAUGGCUGUUCCAGUGCCGGCGCGCGCGCGACGAGUGGACGCUGGGCGUCACAUGAGGCCGGCCCCCGGCGCCGGCCCAGAUACCGGCGCCGCCCGGAUGGGAGGGCUCCUGAGUAAAGCACCGUGCACGCCCCUGAUAUUUGCGCCUGGUCGCUGGUACGGCACGCUGUCGGUGUUCGGCUCUGCUCUGCUAAUUUACUGGUGGUCGGACACGCCGGCCCGGCCACCUGUCGGUGGAACCGGUAACUACUGCUGACUAGCCUAGCCGCGGGGCGGCGCUAACUGCCAUAGCGACGGUAGCGGUAAACGUGAUCAAAGAUCUGCUUAAUGACGGGCAUAACACUGUCGUCUUUGCGCUUGUUUUGUGCACACCGGCCUUCGCUCGGACACCAUAUUUAAGUUUUUAACGCUGGAUGACCAAAUACAGAUCUUUCAAACGGUGGAGGCCGCGUAGCAUUGCGGCGAGUCAUGUGUUUUGUGUUUGUUUACAUGCGCGUGGAUGCGUGUGCGGGGCACUGCCGUGUGUGGGGAGCCAUUCCGUUGUGAUUUGUGUGGUGUUAAGGCUGUAUAAUGUAUGUGCGGCGCGGUGCUACCCGCAGACUGUGGCUAUGGCCCUAUCGUGGGGCGAUGAGCGGCUCUGGAAGACAUCGGCGGUCUUUCGUCUCCUUUCUUGUCUGUGUGGUUAUCCUAACCUGAGUCAAUCCUGGCUUUGCUGACGGUGCUACUGCUAGACAGGUGAACUGGCUCCUAUAUCUGGCUUUGGUCUACUACCACAAUAAGCUGCUGCUGGCUUUCCUGCAUUACCAGUGCAGUUACACAUGUAUGGUCAUAUCACUCACCAUUUAUCUCGAUACACUUGUAUCCAACGCAUCAGCUGGCUUUCUUCUAUUUAUCCCAUCUUCUGGUGGCAUAUACGCCCUUGCUCCCGAGUCCGAGCAACCAGUUCUCUGACGGCUCCUCGCCAGCUCCAAGCUACCAAGCUCCAAGUCUCUGCGUUUUGUCCUUCGAUACUUGUACUGCCUCUCACUAGUGUACGGACUGAGCCGGGCACCGCGCCGCGUCUGUCACCGCCGCGUCGUUUUUUGUUAUUUUUGUACCGUGAAGCCGAGCCGACCUGUGUCGUUCAGUGUGCGCGACGACGUACUGUGGGAUUGGUUCGUUUUUACCGGUGUUUGAGCUUUCUACGUGUAUCGGCGGGCGGGGUCCGCAGAACGGCGGACUGGAAUGUCUCGUGAAAUGUCGUGAGGAGGACCUCUGUGAGAAGCAGCGUCCGUACGGCCGGGCGGGCGCCGGUCAGCGUCGCAAUAUUGAAAAUACACGGAUGUAAUCUGA